GCACGCAAAACCUUCCGGCCGUACACCACAACCAAUAUGGCUGCCGCCCCUUCACCUGGGGGUCAUGUGCUGCGUCCCGUCUAGCCCAGGCACUCAGCUCUCUAUGACCGCCGGGCGGAAGACAGAGGGACUGUCUGCGUUUGUCGGUUUUUGCCCUAGUGUCUAGCCGAGAAGAUGGCGGCGGUUCGGGGACUGCGGGUGUCUGUAAAAUCGGGACCUGGAGGCGUUAACGAACCGGAACCUAUGGAAGUGGAGGAGGGUGAGGUGGAGGCCGCACCGGACAAGAGUUCUCCUCGGGAAGUGGUUUCGGGCAGUUCCAGGCGAUAUGAAAAUAAAGCUGGGGCUUUUAUCACUGGAAUAGAUGUCACCUCUAAGGAAGCCAUUGAAAAAAAGGAACAGAGAGCAAAGCGUUUCCAUUUCCGGGCAGAUGUCAAUGAUAAUCAAAGAGAUGUCGUAUUGGAUCUCGAUAUGAUGAGAAAAGCAAUUCCCAAAGUCCGUCUGGAAACCCUCUAUGUUAGUGGUGUGGAUGAGAUGAGCACGGAGGAUAUCUUUACCUUCUUCAAACAGUAUCCGCCUGGCUACAUUGAAUGGCUGGAUGAUACAUCUUGCAAUGUAGUUUGGCUAGAUGAGGUGACCGCAGCUCGGGCCUUGUUAAAUUUGAGCACCAUGCCGACUGAUGACAAGAGCAAGAAAAGUGUAGAGAGUAUAUCUGCAAAGUCCAAAGCCGAUAGAUACAAUGACAGCUCUGGCGAUGAGACAGAAGAAGGUGAAGUGGAUGAAGAUAAUCCAAGUGAUGCUGAAGGGGAGCCUGAGAAAAAGGUUUUAAGCACGAUGGACACGCUCUCCCAAGCUGAGCAAGACUCCCUAAUGAGAAAUGAUCUUAGGUUAUCCAUGAAAACAUUUAAGGGGAACCAGCUAUUUAUGAGAUUUGCCACCAAAGAGGACAAGAAAGAGCUGGGAGCAGCACGAAGAAGCCGAUAUUACAUGAAGUAUGGAAAUCCAAACUACGGUGGCAUGAAAGGAAUCCUCAGCAACUCUUGGAAAAAGAGAUAUCAUUCACGUCGGGUCCAAAGAGAUGUAACUAAGAAGAGGACAUUUAUUGGAGAUGAUGAACCUGCCUACCAGCACCUUCAUUCAGGCCUGGUGAAUGUUCCAGAGGAGCCUAUAGAAGAAGAGGAGGAGGAAGAGGACAUGGAUGAGGAUGACCGUGUUGUGGUAGAGUACAGAGAUGAGCUUCAAGCUUUUAAAAGAGAGAGGGAGGGGGCAAGACGUUCUGCAGCUAGCACCUCAGACUCUGAUGAAAUGGACUAUGACCUGGAGUUGAAGAUGAUCUCCACCCCCUCCCCAAAAAAGAGCAUGAAGAUGACCAUGUAUGCUGAUGAACUGGAGACACAGCUGAAAACUAUCAGGAACUCGAUGAGAUCAGAUUCUACUAGUAGUGUAAAAAACCGAAUUGGAAGUAAAACCCAUUCUGAGAAGCCAGCUGAUGUCCGGCUCUUACUAGAAGAGAAGAGACAGAGCAGUACAAGCAGACAGGCAGCAGGAGCUAAAUCUGAUGUGCGACAAAGGCUCGGAAAGAGACCACAUUCACCUGAACCAAGAAAAGUAGUGAAUAAAGCUCCAGAAUCUCGCAGAGAACCAGUCUCUGAUGUGCACAGCCGGCUUGGCUUACCAAAACAAAUGGAAGGGAAAGGACUGUACUCUGACAGUAAAGAGAAAAAAACUGGAGGCUUGUGGAAUCGAUUAGGAACAGCACCUAAAGACAAGCCCAAAACAGUGGAGAAGGAACAGAAAGUCGUCGUAGCUCCAGAAGAAGAUGACUCUGUGUUGCAGCAAGCAUGGGGAGCUUUAAUCAAAGAGAAGGAACAGAUUCGGCAAAAGAAAAGCCGCCUGGACAACUUGCCUUCCUUACAGAUUGAAAUCAGCCGAGAGAGCAGUUCUGGCUCGGACACAGACUCAUGAUGAUAGACUUACGUUUCUUGGGACAAUGGCUUCCAGUAGCAUGGCAGCAACUUGAAGAUGUGCCGCUCCUGCCUUUUCAGACAAUUGUUUUAUACUGAAGCUGAGACACCCAAUAGUGGCAGCGGUGUUCUCAACAAGGCUCUACGAAAUUGAUGUCCCGGUUUACCUGGACAUUAAAGUGUACUGGUUAACA